AAGGAUAUAAAAUCGCCCGAAGUCAAGAUGUUAUGGGACAAUAGUACUACUGUUACGGAAGCGUUAAAAAAAGCAUCAGUUGUAAAUGCAAAACAUAUGAUUCACCAAGUGUUAGGCCUGCAGAAUGAUUUUAGCGAAGCACUUUCUAACACUACGCAGGAUACUCUACAACCUUUCUUGAAACGGAAAUCGAAUAAAAAAGAAAUGAUCAUAGAUGCUGGCAAUAAUCUGUUUUAUGUGUCUGAGCAUGGAAAGGGUUCGAAGAAUGCAACUAAUCAGAACAAGGAAAGUGAG